AUGAGUGCGGAUCUGUAUUAUCGGAUAGCGAUAUCCAGUGUGGUCAUAAGUACGCUGACUGUAACAGCACUCCUCAUCGCCAUACCAACACUAAUGGCAAGAAUUGAUAAUGAACGACGCAACACUGAAAUUGUCUCACGCAAUUUCAAGGAACAUUCCGAGAGCAUUUGGACGACAUUCAAAUCAGUUGGAAAUAUUGCAGCACCAAUGUUUUUUUCACGACCAGUUCGUUCAAUGUGGGAUCGAAAUACAUGUCGCGGUUGUUUUCCGUUGGCCUGUCCAAUGGGUCCAACCGGUCCUCCAGGUGCACCCGGACCGGAUGGCAAUCCUGGCGAUGCAGGCAAUCAAGGUCCUGCAGGAGAUGAUGGAUAUGAUGUUCAACUGGAAGCUGAACCAGAUCUGCCAUGCAUCGUUUGUCCAGCUGGACCACCGGGAAUGAGAGGUUCACAAGGUGAACGCGGCAGAAUUGGCGAUGCAGGAACGCGAGGUGAGCAAGGUCCACAUGGUCUCGGUGGUCCAGACGGUCCUCCGGGACAUCCGGGAAUUCCGGGGCCAGCGGGUCCUAAAGGGCCACUCGGCGCAAAGGGGCCACCUGGAGAUAAAGCCAUUGCAGGUUAUCAGUUCAUCCAUAUUUUCUAUGAAACAACAACAACGCACUUAAGUUCUGUCCAUUACUCUUCAUUAGAUCCGGUUUUCAAUGGAACUUGUCCAUUUCCAGGAGUUGGCAUUAAAGGUCCACGAGGUCCACCGGGUUCUCGUGGUCCAAUGGGACCUACUGGAUCGUCUGGAAAACCAUCAAAAACUCCAGGCACAGCAGGAAAGCAAGGAUCAAUGGGACCAGUAGGACCACCAGGAUCUCCUGGAAGAGUUGGUGAGGAUGGUCCUUGGGGACCACCUGGUGAACCAGGGCAACCAGCAACGUACUGUCCGUCUGACUGUGGAGUAUCACAGAUUUAUGCACCGGCGUAUUUCGAUUCGUCGAAAGUGGAUCCAGUCGAAGGUUCCCCAUCAUUCGCAACCGCAUCUGAUAACGGAGGACCAGAAUAUACGUGGUUCGAAAGAUUGUAA